AUGAGUUCCUAUUUCGUUAACUCAACUUUUCCCGUGUCUCUGCCGGGAGGACAGGACUCUCUCCUGGGUCAGAUACCGCUCUACUCCUCGGGAUACACGGAUCCGUUGAGGCACUACUCCAGCGCGGCCACGUAUGGCGCGGCCAACAUGCAGGAGAAGGUUUACCCCGCGUCCUACUACCAGCAGACGGGCACCGCGGCCGCGCUGUACGGCCGCGCGGGCGGGGCCGCCUGCGACUACAACCCGGUGGGGACUUUCUACAAGGACGCGGAGGGCUCGUGCGCCUUCUCGAGCCGCGACGACCAGCCGCUGUUCGUGUCCCAGGAGCAGCAGCAGCGCAAGGCGGAGUGCGCGGAGCAGAGCGUGAGCAUGAGCAGCAGCAUCGACGACAAGGCGUCCACCCUCAUCUACCCGUGGAUGCAGAGGAUGAACGCGUGCUCCGCCGGCCCAUUUGGCAACAGUGGCCGCAGGGGCCGACAGACCUACACCCGGUACCAGACUCUGGAGCUGGAGAAGGAGUUCCACUUUAACCGCUACCUGACCAGGAGGCGCCGGAUAGAGAUCUCCCACGCCCUGUGUCUGACGGAGAGACAGAUCAAAAUCUGGUUCCAGAACCGCAGGAUGAAGUGGAAAAAGGAGAACAAACUCCUGAACCCCUCAAAGACACCCGAGGAGGAGGAGCAGGCGGAGAAAAAGAGCUAA